GAACUAUGCAACUCAUGUUCCCAUUUUUGGAGUGAAGUGGAGUAUUGAUGCCGAACCCACGCAAGGUAAACGAAUCGAUGGUGAUAGGCAUCACCAUAGCAACAAGUAGAAAGUACCAAAUCAUUUUCCACCAGAAAAUUACGAAGAGAUCAGCGGUUGAAACGUUGGUCCUGGAUGGUAGGUGCCGCAUGUGGUUACCAACAAGACAUGGUUAAUAAGUUCCCGCGAACGAAUAUCGAUUCUGAAUUCCAAACCCAACAAACUCAUUUUCUUUUAUUUUCAGAUUUUCUUUUAAAAAUUUCAAUAAAUUAUGCUGAAUUUCUCACUAUAAAUAAGCUUUUAGAGCCCCACCAAAUACAAGUCUUUGUGCUUCUUGUUGUAGCUCUCAAACUACCUAACCCAUUAAUCUUCCCACUUUCCUUCUCUGCCAACGGUAAACAAAUGGCACGCAAGAAGAUCAGAGAGUAUGACUCCAAGAGAUUGUUGAAGGAUCAUUUCAAGAGGCUUUCUGGCUAUGAAUUGCCCAUCAAAUCCGCACAAGUUACAGAAUCAACUGAUUUCAAUGAGCUAGCAGAGAAGGAACCCUGGCUUUUGUCAGGAAAACUGGUUGUGAAGCCUGACAUGCUGUUUGGUAAGCGUGGGAAGAGUGGCCUAGUUGCUUUAAAUCUAGAUUUGGCUGAAGUUGCUGUUUUUGUGAAAGAACGCCUUGGAAAAGAGGUUGAGAUGAGUGGAUGUAAAGGACCUAUAACAACAUUCAUUGUUGAACCUUUCAUCCCCCACAAUGAGGAGUUUUACCUUAAUAUUGUCUCGGAGCGACUUGGGUGCAGCAUAAGCUUUUCAGAUUGUGGAGGAAUUGAAAUUGAAGAGAAUUGGGAUAAGGUUAAGACUAUAUAUGUUCCAACAGGGUCAUCAUUUACAUCAGAAACAUGCGCUCCACUUGUUGCAACCCUUCCAUUGGAGAUAAAACGAGAAAUUGAGGAGUUUAUUAAAUCAAUUUUUGCUCUAUUUCAAGAUCUUGACUUCACUUUCCUGGAGAUGAAUCCUUUCACUUUGGUUAAUGGAAAGCCUUAUCCCUUGGAUAUGAGAGGCGAGCUGGAUGACACUGCUGCUUUCAAGAAUUUCAAGAAGUGGGGCAACAUUGGAUUUCCACUGCCAUUUGGUAGAGUUAUGAGCUCCACAGAGAGCUUUAUUCAUGGACUAGAUGAAAAGACAAGUGCAUCUUUGAAAUUCACAGUCCUGAAUCCAAAGGGGCGAAUUUGGACUAUGGUGGCUGGAGGAGGUGCAAGUGUCAUCUAUGCAGAUACAGUUGGAGAUCUUGGUUAUGCUUCUGAGCUUGGGAAUUAUGCAGAAUAUAGUGGAGCCCCCAAUGAAGAGGAAGUAUUGCAGUAUGCCAGAGUUGUAAUUGAUUGUGCAACUUCUGAUCCUGAUGGCCGUAAGAGAGCCCUUGUAAUUGGAGGAGGGAUUGCUAACUUCACUGAUGUAGCUGCUACAUUUAAUGGCAUAAUUCGAGCCUUGAAGGAAAAGGAAUCUAAGCUUAAAGCAGCAAGGAUGCACAUGUAUGUGAGGAGAGGAGGUCCUAAUUACCAGAAAGGCCUUGCAAAAAUGAGGUCACUUGGAGAAGAAAUUGGACUUCCAAUACAGGUUUACGGGCCUGAAGCAACAAUGACUAGUAUAUGCAAGCAGGCGAUUGAGUGCAUCUCCGCGGCUGCAUAAGUAUCCAACUCCUGAUAUCCAUCUGGGUUCUCUUCUUUCUUUUCUCAUGUCAAAUUUCUGAGUAUCAUUUAGAACUUCAGUAACAUUUUCUUAGUACCAGAAACACCAGGAAGUAAUGUUGUUGAUGGAGCAUAAGAAAGGGAGUGAUGCCAAAUUCAAAUUGUAAUCUCUAGUAUAAUGUUUUACUAUUUCCAUAUAAUAAAGAAAAGAGCUGCUUGCAUUGCAUUGAA